GGGGUCGGAGAGAGCAGAGAGGAAGGGGCCGGAGAGCGGAGAGAGAAGAGAGAGAGGCGCAGUUGAGCAAGUGAGCUAAGUAGCUAAAGCCAGUCAGUGAGGCCGAGGCGGACAGUUUUGAGGUGACAGUGGAGAAUGGGGAGGACUUUGCACGCCCGGCGAAUUUUGUCCGCAGAAAGGGUGCUCAAACUCGAUCGCUACCCAUCUGAGAGCGUGUGCUGAAACUGGAGAAACACCGGUGGACAGGAAGGAAUGGCUGAUCCUCUGAGGAGGAAUUUAUUAGCAAAACUUCGGGGGAAGAAAUCUAAGAAAGGGACGCCGGCUGGUGGAUACGGUGCUGCGACUAAUGGGGGCAGAGCAGGUAAAGGAAAAGUUUCUCAAAACCCAGACGGCCAAACUCGUCCAGUAGUAAUGUUCGCAGAGUUGCAUCAUCUGACAGACAACAUCAUGAGAGGUAACGAUAGUUGCGUUAACGACAUUGUAGUAAACAAGGUUGGAUUAGAUCAAGAGCAGAGCACGGUAGGAGUUGUUGAGACGAGUGAGUUUCCCCAGCAGUACGAGGCUUCAGCUAACAUGCACAUAAACACUAGCCGGGGGCUGGGGGACAAUCAGGGUAGCGGGUGCUCCGGGAUUAGGGGUCGAGUAAAUGAGGAACUCUUGGGGGUCUCACUUCAAAGAGCAACUCAGUACGAGGGGAACGAUAGAGAGGAGAUGAUCAGAAUCCAUAAACAAGGGCCCGGCUACUUCUCUGGACAAUUACAACAAGGACACAUAGGUAGAGCGCUCGAACAGAGAAAACACUUUGUCCCUAUUCCGCGACAGUAUAGCGCAGGGGAUUCAAUAGGGUUUGGGAGCAAUAGUCCUAAUAAUCACAUUAUAUACCACAGAAGGCCUGAUGGGGUAGUUAAAAUGACAAAUGGCCACUAUCCUUCUUCAAAGAGUAAUGGAACAAAUGUCUGCUUUGACAAAGAUCUAAAGACUCGAGUAAGCCACGGGCAGACAGACGACUCCUGCCAUCAAACUGUGUACAACUACAAGGCAGACAACGGGCAGAGGUCUAUAAAUGAUUUCAAAGUUACGGCAAACGUGCAUCCUGGCCACAACCAAAUAUUGAAAACAAAUGUUACAAAUAACGGGACGCAAAUGUGUCCGCCGGGUAUCGCGUGUGCGCAUCAUCCGGACAGUAAUUACACCGAGGAAAACAUUGUGAUUAGAAACAUAGAGAGUUACGGGAGCUCGCAUGAAUUUACAAGGGACAACAUUAGGGUGACCCAUUUGCAGAGCCCGACAUUUUUCCCCACUGAAUUGGAGAUAUGCGACGUUAACGUGGCCUCCCACUUCAUAUGCGCAAGAGAAGGAGCACUCCGACCCUACUCUCUAGAUAGCGAGGAUGAUGAUUAUUAUGAUAAUGUAUUUCUUCCCUUUUAUGUAUCUGAGUCAUUAGGUCCAAAUGAUAGAAAAAGCUCAGAUAAAAUAGAAGCCAUAGAUUCGGGAAAAGAUGUUCCUAAAGGACAAGUCAUUAGCGACAGUGUGCAGGAGACAGACAGACUGCAGAGCCAGUUGAAAGAGGCCUAUUACCUUCUUAUAAACACCAUGCAUGAUAUUAGUUUUGAUGGUCCGGUCAGUGUCAACGGUUUUAUAGAUCAGGCAAGUUCCUCCAGUCACUCUCGGGACAGCAUGUGCUCACGGUUGUCCAUCAAGCACGUGGACAGUGAUGCUUGGUCGUCGGGAGAGCACAGUGUCCAACAGGUGUCGGACACAGACUCCAUCCUGUUGUUCCUGCUGAGUGAAAACCCAGGGGAUCCAAGUCUAAAAAAAAAUGUCAUUAGCAAGAGCCUCGUGAAUCUAUCUGCUAGCAGGAUUGGGCCUCCCUUACUGCGUUCCACUAGUGACAGAGCUAUCAAAUACCGCAGUGGCGCGCACAAUGCGCCCUGCAUCCAGGCCCUCGGUUCCCAAAGCCCUGCCUGUGAGAAUGGGGAUGAAGCAAGUAGGCUACAGGCUGUUGGUGCCUCUGACCCGUUUGAGAAACAGGCCAGCUACAAUGGUAACACGAGCAGCGACGACCUGCUUCAAGACACCGGUGAAGACUUCAAGUUGAACGAGAGUAGUGGCUCGGUCAACAGCCUCACUGGAUCGUCCGACAACGCAGACACCCAGCAGGGUGGUAACAGCAAGCGAGAUGGAGAGAUGAGCGCAUGGGACCGGGGAGGCUCUGCCAAGCCCCAUGGAGUCACCGUCAACAAGAUGCAGGAGUGGAUGCACAAAGGCCGUCUGUUGUCUUCAGAGAUGAAGCAGCGCAUCGCGGGGUCCACGCCCCAACCCCAUGGCACCCACGGUGGCCUGGAUAGUGCACCACGGCCCAGCCAGGGCCAGGCCAGCUCAGUUCCAGGUGGAGCUAAACCAGCAGCCCCGACGACCAGAGUUCACGGGGCCAUACCCGCCACUGUGGUCCCAUGCCAGAGCCAGGCUUUGCAUCAGUCAGCUCUGAUAGAGAAUGUCCACUCCUCCGACAGGCACGAGGUUGGCGAGGGCAAGGCCAGCGAGCUGUCAUUAUGGAGACCCCCACUCAACACCAUCACCGUUUCCAAGAAACGCAACUGGCUCCAGCAGAGCUCUGGGAGGCCGCAUCACACCACCCAGGAUGACUCCCAGUGCAUUCUGGGAGCAGAGGAGGACAAUGGACAUGGACAUACACCCCGACCCCCUCCUAGCCCCUCCCCGGAGUACCUAAAACCCCCCGGACCGCCGCCCUCCCGGCCCCUCCGCCUGCACCUACCCCAGGUGAGCAUGUGCCACGCCCGCGUUGGACCCCAGCCCAGGUGUGUGGACCCGGCCGAGGAGAAUGAUGCGGAUGACGAGGGGGAGAUCUGGUACAACCCCAUCCCCGAGGAUGAAGAACCCGAGCUACCUCACAUUUACAGACCCACUGCCAUCCCCCAGGUCAGACUGGUGGUCCCUACACGGCCCCAGGAGCCCCAAGCCCCCCAGAUCCAGAGGAGGCCCAGCCGGGAAGGGGUGGCCGGGCGGACCCUGGAAGGCUGCAGCCCUGACCUGGAGGGUGUGGGGGAGAGCCUGGGUGGCGGAGGUGGAGGUGGAGAGGGGAGUCAGCAGGGGAAUGCUGUACAUUCCAUGGAGCCGUCGGUACAGCUGCACAGACAGAUGCUGCACACAUGCAAACCUCAGGAGGAGGGGCCAGCCAGUUCCAGCAGAGCCACAGCUGCAGCAGAAGGCCCUGACCUGGCCACCCCCGGCUUUUCGCCUCCCUCCAGCCCCAACCCUGCUAAGAAGGGAAGCUCCCUCAACUGGUCAUUCCCGGACAAGAUCAAGUCCCCGCGCACCGUCAGGAAACUCUCCAUGAAGAUGAAGAAGCUUCCGGAACUCAGCCGCAAGCUCAGCGUCAAAGGGAUCCCUAGCAACAACAACAACACCAGCGGUAACGGAGCCAGCGCGAGCAGCCAAUCAGAGACAAGGACCCAGUGUCCCAAAACCAAUAGUGGGUCAGAACCAGGCUCCGCUCCUCCCAGGUUGUCCCCAGGGGGCGGGCAGGGGGCGGCCGCCAGCCGUAAUGUGAUCUCGAGAUAUCACUUGGACAGCAGUGUGUCGACACAGCAAAGUUACAGCAAGAAGAAGAGCAGCGGGACCUCCAUGUCGGCUAGCAAGGGGGGCUACCUCAGUGACGGGGACUCCCCAGAACUGGUGGCCAAGUCUGGGAAGCACGGGUCCUCAGAGGGCAAGGGAGGCAAGGGGAAGGAGAAAGACCCAGCCACUGGAGGAGGAGAGAGAACAGGAGCAGGAGGAGUAACAGGAGGAGGUGGCAGCUCCAAGUUGCACGGCACAGAACUAGACAUUGACGCGUUCCGCCACUAUGACUUCACAGAACAGCCCAAGUGCACCCAGUACAUCUCAGGCCUGAUGAGCCUGCACUUCUACGGCGCCGAGGACCUCAAGCCGCCACGUGUCGACUCCAGGGACGUCUACUGUGCCAUCCAGGUGGACUCGGUCAACAAGGCACGCACUGCCCUGCUCACCUGUCGGACCACCUUCCUAGACAUGGACCACACCUUCAACAUCGAGCUGGAGAACGCCCAGCACCUGAAGCUAGUGGUGUUCAGCUGGGACCCCACACCCAAGAAGAACCGGGUGUGCUGUCAUGGCACUGUGGUGCUACCGGCUCUCUUCAGGGUGACCAGGAGUCAUCAGCUGGCCGUGAAGCUGGAGCCACGAGGCCUGAUCUACGUGAAGUUGAACCUGAUGGAGCAGUGGCAGAACUCCCUGGACGGAGGCUACGAUGGGGACCGGGAGCGACAGAUGUUUGGGGUGGAGGCCUGGAGGGUUGUGGAGAGAGAGAACUCAGGACUCAUGGUGCCCCUGCUCAUCGAAAAGUGCAUCACGGAAAUUGAGAAGAGAGGCUGCCAGGUUGUGGGCCUCUACCGUCUGUGUGGUUCAGCGGCAGUAAAGAAGGAGCUUCGGGAGGCCUUUGAAAGGGACAGCCUGGGUGUGGAGCUCUGUGAAAACACCUACCCUGACAUCAACGUCAUCACAGGUGUGCUGAAGGACUACCUGCGUGAGUUGCCGUACCCCCUCAUCACUAAGCACCUGUAUGAGGCUGUGUUAGACUCCAUGGCUAAGAGGCCUCUGCGUAUUGGAGCAGGAGGAUGUGAGAACGACCAGGCGGACACAGAGCAGACUGUCAGCCUGCUGGAGAACCUGCCAGAGGUGGAGAGGUUGACCCUGCGGAGGCUGCUGGACCACCUGAAGCUGGUGGCGUCGCACCACGACGUCAACAAGAUGACGUGUCAGAACCUGGCAGUGUGCUUCGGUCCCGUGCUGCUCAGCCAACGCCAGGAGGCCAGCUGCCAUAGCAACCGCGUCUUCAUCGACUCAGAAGAGCUGGCCAGUGCCCUGCACUUUAAGAAGCACAUCGAGGUGCUGCACUACCUUCUGCAGCUAUGGCCAGUGGUGGAUCCACAUGGAAAGACCUCAUCCCCCAUCCUGGAGCACCCCGGGCCAGCCGACCAGCCUGCCGCUCCACCCCUGCGUCGGAGGAAGGAGCGUCCCCAGGUGCUGAACUUGAGUGAUGCAGAGAUGGCCGGGGUGCUGCGACCUAGGCCGGGCCGACUGGACAGCCCUAGCAACCGUUACGCCGGUGACUGGAGUCGCUGUGGAGAGCGCUACCUCCCCCCUCCUCUGGCCCAGGAGGAAAAUGACUAUGAUGAUGUUCCUUCUGAGGAUAUGGAGGUCACUGAGGAGGGACAGGAAGGAGAGGACAGGGGGAAGGAAGGGGGAGAGGAGCUAAGACCGGAAGGAUUACUGGACAGUGGACAGGAGGAAGGACAGGCAGAGCCACCUACAGCAAAACAGGAACCCCCACUACUCCAGGAGGUGAUGGAGGGACCUGUCGAGAAGGAGGAAGAGGAGAGAGAAGCAGAGGAGGAGAGCGAUGUCUCCAGUGACGGUCAGCCAUCAGACGAUAGGGUGUGUGAUGAUGAGGAUGAGCGCAUCCUGCCCCUCCACAACCCCAAAGAGCACACAUACCAGGCUUACAUGAAGAUCCAGGACAUCAGCCCUGUUCUCAGCAACAGGGUCAACCUGCGAGACCUGCAGGAGAGCAUCGACACGCUCAUAGGCAACCUGGAGAGAGAGCUCAACAAGAACAAUCUCAAAGUUAGCUACUAACACAACACACAUUCAGCCUCACAGGCUACUGACUCAAACACACAGCCCAACAGGCUACUGACUCAAACACACAGCCCAACAGGCUACUAACUCAAACACACAGCCCAACAGGCUACUGACUCAAACACACAGCCCAACAGGCUACUGACUCAAACACACAGCCCAACAGGCUACUGACUCAAACACACAGCCCAACAGGCUACUGACUCAAACACACAGCCCAACAGGCUACUGACUCAACACACACUCAGCCCAACAAGCUACUGACUCAAACACACAGCCCAACAGACUACUUACUCAACACACAGCCCAACAGACUACUGACUCAACACACACUCAGCCCAACAUGCUACUGACUCAAACACACAGCCCCCGAAGAUAGAAAAGGCUUAGCUAAUUCUAAGGGCUUCGAGACUGGAGAGUUGUUGGGGUUCAGGAAUUUGGCUCCAGGGUUGCCGUGGUGACCUUUAAUAAAGACGACUCAGUGGCACGUGCACCCGUGUCGUGCGCCCCUGCAGAACUCUGGUGUUUAGAACUCUGGUGCGUGAUUGGCUGGACACUUCAUUUAGCACCUACCCACAAGACAUUAUUAGAUGUUUCAUUAAUGUUUUGCUUUUGAUGACUUGUUUUUACAUGUCGCUCAUGUUCUGUUGUUCUUAUCCGGUUGUUGUUGUUGUUGUUGUUGUUGUUGUUGCUUCUCUUCUUAUUAGAAGAACCCAUUGACCCCCAGGGGUGUAAACGGUGCCUUAAUUGUGUGAAGGUGGGACUUUAAGGCAGGGGAGAGCUUUUCUAUUGAGGUACGAAACAUUAUGACGUACAGCAAUGCACUUAUGAGGCAGGCUUUAGUGUAUAGUACAAGUCAUUUAGGUAUAUGGUACAUACAGUAUAGCUGGCUAUGGACUGGGAGGAGAACCAGGGAGGGGGCUAGACCUCUGAACCCUCCUCCUCCUCGGGUACGAGUACAAACGUAUCAUACAGUCACAUACAUACCUGCUCCAAUACCAUGGAGAAACACAUAAACAAGGAGAUAAUGGGUGAUAAGUGUUUCUCUCUACCUGCUAGAACAGAGCAGCUAAUCUGUAGCAACAAAGAGAGAUAGAAAAAAUAACUAAAGUGAUGUCAUGUAUUUGAAAAAUGAAUAAGUGAAUAUGACAUGGGUGAAAACCAUUAACAUCUGGUUUUCUUUUAGCCCUUCUUCCCCAACCUCCCACAUGAUCUAGACCAGGGUUUGGUCUUAAUGUGCACCCAGGGGUUCCCCAGAACCCCUGAUCAAGACCACACGUACCAAACUCAUUCCACGGAGGGCCCAGGGUUCUGCGGGUUUUCGCUCCUCCCUUGCGCUUAAUUGAUGAAUUAAGGUAAUUAAUUAGUAAGGAACUCCCUACACCUGGUUGUCUAGGGCCUAAUUGAAAUGGAAAAUCCCAAAAACCUGCAGACACUAGGCCCUCCAUGGAAUGAGUUUCAGACCCAUGAUCUAGACAGACAGUGAUCACCUGCGGGUUUAAAGAGGAAAAAGUCAAAUAUGGGAAACUUACGUUUGGUACAUACUGACUGCAGAACAGCAGUUCACGUGUUUCAUAGAAACAGUUACUGUGUGGAGAGGGCUCUGGCUAGUACGACAUGUGAGUCCACUACCUAAAUAGAUAAAAGAAAGUUUUCAGAAAUCCAGGGAUUCAGAAUGAUCAGUAUUUAACAUAUUUAUGUAUAUAUAAAUGUAUUUGGAGUAUAUAUAUUAUUUUUUACAGCUUAUAUAUAUAUUUCCAUACAGGCAUAUUUAAAUGCUCACCAUAACCUUGUAGUGUUGACCCAUGAUAGACUAUAUAGACGGAUUGGUUGUUUAGCAACAAAACCAACACAUGUGCAACUAUGGGGUUAAACAGAUGGGGUUGGCUUAGACUGUUGAUAACAUGUCAACUAUAUUUUGUUUCUAACGUUCAUUGAAAUCAAAUACAUUUGCACAAUGAGCACUUGUCUCUCAAAUACAUUGUUACAGUUGGUUAGCUAGCUAGAGAAUAUUCGCCAUAUUAGCAUAGACGUGACAUCAGUCAAAACAAGACAUGGUAUCAAGCACAAGAUAAAACAAGCUGAAACGAGCCACCUACAUUUCCCCACAUGGCAGAUUAUUGUCAUUGUUGCUAGCUAUCUGGCCAUCCAGGACCACAACACACGGCCUUCUGCCCCAUUGAAAUGCGUGCAUGGUUUUCGUGACGUUGUCACCUAACCCGUCUGUGUUGCUUUGUUUCCUCCCACUUAAGCUACCUGUACACAUCUUAAACGUGCUGGACUAAUGGUACAACUUAAGCUACCUGUACACAUCUUAAACGUGCUGGACUAAUGGUACAACUUAAGCUACCUGUACACAUCUUAAACGUGCUGGACUAAUGGUACAACUUAAGCUGUAAUAUACAUGACAUAGAAAUACAUUCUUGCAGAAAGAGAGAUAUUGUUAUUUUUGUUAUAUUUUUUUGUACAUAUUUGGCAUCUGUUUUGUCGCCGGUUGGUCUAAUCUGAGUUCAUAGUUGUGUUUAAAAGGUACUGAUGAACAUUGUUGCAUGGUCAAAAGCUUUAUUACUAACUUAAACAAGUAUAUUUCCCACCUGAGGUUAUCGUAUCAUAUUUAUGUGUACAUGGAGAUUCUUUCUAUCUGUUCCUAUCCCACUGUUUGUCAUCCCUUUGACAGCUGCUGACACAGACUAACAACCAGGUUCAAAAGAACAUUUCAUUGAAAGACUAAAAGAAAGGAAAAUCAUUCAGCUAGCUAGUCCCUAAGGCGAUUGCACUGCAGUGCAGUAGUUUCCUAUGGUGAUGGGAAACUAUCCAGUGAAGCUUUCAUUAUAUAAGGAUGUUUUUCUGGUUCUAGCCUGACCCUGGUUCCUCUCCUCCGGGUCUGACCCUGGUUCCUCUCCUCCGGGCCUGGCCCUGGUUCCUCUCCUCCGGGUCUGACCCUGGUUCCUCUCCUCCGGGCCUGGCCCUGGUUCCUCUCCUCCGGGUCUGACCCUGGUUCCUCUCCUCCGGGUCUGACCCUGGUUCCUCUCCUCCGGGUCUGACCCUGGUUCCUCUCCUCCGGGCCUGGCCCUGGUUCCUCUCCUCCGGGCCUGGCCUGGCCCUGUGUCCUCUCCUCCGGGUCUGGCCUUGUUUCCUCUCCUCCGGGCCUGGCCUGGCCCUGUUUCCUCUCCUCCGGACCUGGCCUGGCCCUGUUUCCUCUCCUCCGGGCCUGGCCUGGCCCUGUUUCCUCUCCUCCGGGCCUGGCCUGGCCCUGUUUCCUCUCCUCCGGGGCUGGCCUAGCACUGUAUCUAUCAAUGCAUUCCUCCCUCUUCACUCUUUCUCUAACCCCCUCCCUCCUUCCCUCUUAAUCAGUGUGUCACAUGUCCACAUUGUGUCUGAGCACGUGCACAUCGUUGUUUGCGUGUACAGUAAGUGUCAUACGGUCAACGUGUUUCUGUAAUAGUUGUUUUGUUUCAUCUCUGUCCUGUUUGUAUGUCUGUCUUGGAAACAUAAAGCUAUGAUGAAAGCAUCCCUAAAUACUUUGUACUGAUCUUGAGAAAUGUAUGGUCAUAUUAAAGUAUAUAUUUCACAUGG